AUGUCUGGUCUCUCCAAGCUCUCGGUUCCUGCCGAUAGGACCGAGUACAGCUCGAAAAGCGACCUGGUUUUUGCCCUCCAUGACUGGGCCAUCAAGGAGAAGUUCUCCUUCCGUGUGGCGAAGUCAUCGGGGGCCAGCUGGCGCUGUGCCCAGAAAGAGUGUCCGUGGAAGGUUCAAGGUUGGCGGAUUGAGGGAGAUGGAGAUGAGGAGUUGGAUGACCAGGACAUAAACGCAGAGGGGGACACAGACUCGGAGGCAGAGGUAGCGGGGGGAGAGGAACAAGCAGGGAGGCGGAAACGGAGGAGCUGGACGAUGACACUAGUGAUUGUUAAUGGCAACCAUCAGUGUAUUGGCGCCGCUGUCCUAACACACCGCUCGUCCUCUUGCCAGGACUGGCUCGAUGUAACGCUGACUUCUAAACGAUAG